AUGGCUGGUGGUGACGAUGCCAUAGCUGGUGGUGACGAUGCCAAAGCUGGUGUUGACGAUGCCAUGGCUGGUGGUGACGAUGCCAUGGCUGGUGGUGACGAUGUCAUGGCUGGUUGUGAUGAGGCCAUGGCUGGUGGUGACGAUGCCAUGGCUGGUGUUGACGAUGCCAUGGCUGGUGUUGACGAUGCCAUGGCUGAUGGUGAUGAUGCCAUGGCUAGUGGUGAUGAUGCAAUAGCUGGUGGUGACAAUGCUAUGGAUGGUGCUGACGCCAUGGCUGGUGGUGAUGCCAUGGCUGGUGGUGAUCCCAUGGCUGGUAGUGACGCCAUGGAAGGUGAUGCCAUCAUGGAUGUUGGCGACACAAUGGCUGGUGGUGAUACCAUGGAUGGUGAUGACGCCAUGGCUGGUGGUGACGCCACGGAUGGUGGUGACACAAUGGCUGAUGGUGAUGAUGCCUUGGGUGGUUGUGACGCAAUGGCUGGUGAUGACGCCAUGGCUGGUGGUGACGAUUCCAUAGCUGGUGGUGAUUCCAUAGCUCGAAGUCGAAGAUAUUUAGUUUAUUUGAUUUGA